CUGCUUGCAAUGCCUGGUCCCUCCCUGGCCUUGCAGCCCAGCCCUGUACGAGGCAGAGGGGUGGCUGCCAGGGCGGGCAAGCAGAAGGGAAAGCCGCGGCCGCGGUGGCCAAAGCUCACCUGGAGGGGCGCUGAGCUCCUUGCAGCCAUCUCCUGGAGGGGCAAGAACACCCUGAGCUCAUCUGGUGCUACCCCCCAUGUCGUCUGCCCAGCGGGGUCGCGGCUCCCUCACGUGCCCCGUCAAACAUUAACAGGCGCGGCAGCGGCAGAGGCAGCGGCAGCCACCAUGGCCCUCAGCACCCGCCUCACCGCCUGCCUCCGGCCCGCCCUGGCCGCUCUGCGCCGGGCAGCCCCCAGGCACUGCCGGGGGCUCAGCACCCCGCAGGCAUCAGAGCCCUCAUUCAAUCUCGGCGGCAUCUUCCCGCCGCUCGCCACCCCUUUCUCGCCCACACAGGAGGUGGACUAUGCCCAGCUGGAGGGGAACCUGCGACGCUACGCCCGCAUCCCCUUCCGAGGGCUGGUGGUGCUGGGCUCCAACGGGGAGUAUCCCUACCUGGCGUCCCGUGAGAAGGUGGAGGUGGUGAGCUGCGUGCGCCGGGCUCUGCCCAGGGACCGCUUGCUGCUGGCUGGCUCAGGCUGUGAAUCCACCCAGGCCACCAUCGAGCUGACAGUCAGCAUGGCAGAGGCAGGGGCUGAUGUGGCGCUGGUUGUGACACCCUGCUAUUAUCGGGGGGCCAUGACCACUGCUGCCCUCAUCCAUCACUACACAGAGGUUGGCGACGCAUCCCCCAUCCCUGUGGUGCUGUACAGUGUCCCUGCCAACACUGGCCUGGACCUGCCCAUGGAGGCUGUCACCACCCUGGCUCAGCACCCCAACAUCAUUGGGAUCAAGGACAGCGGUGGGGACAUCACCCGCAUGGGGCUGAUGGUCCACAAGACAAGGCAGGAGGAUUUCCAGGUGCUGGCAGGAUCAGCUGGCUUCCUGCUGGCGAGCUACGCUGUGGGUGCCUCUGGGGGUGUGUGUGCCCUCGCCAAUGUUCUGGGUGACCCACUGUGUCAGCUGGACCACCUGUGCCGCACGGGGCAGUGGCAGGAGGCCCGGGACCUGCAGCACCGCCUCAUUGAGCCCAACACAGCGGUCACCCGCCGGUUUGGCAUCCCAGGGCUGAAGAAGGCCAUGGAGUGGUUUGGCUACUAUGGAGGCCCCUGCCGUGCACCCCUGGCCCCUCUGAGCCCUGCCCAGGUUGAAGAGCUGAGGGGCACCUUCAGUGCCAAUGGCUGGCUGUGAGCUGUUCUCCAUCUGCUCCUUCCCACACUGGGCAGCUACAGGAGUCAGGGACCCUGGGAACUGGGGACAUUCUGGGGACACUGGGGGAUGGCCAGGAGAGGGCUGCCAUAUUACUCUUCCCUGUUGGACAGGGCUGGACUGGGCAGACUGGGUGGAGGAGGGCAACCCCAAGCCAGCCCCCAGGGACCUGUUGUCUUUGCCUGGGAAGGGGUGGAUCUUUGUGCCAUGAAUAAACCUGCAGUCUCCUC